AUGGUGCUGCCUCGGCCACUGGCCCUCCUCGCGUGCCUGUCGCUGCCGGUGCCUCUGCAGCGCGCCGCUGCGUGGGAGGGGCAGGGGGCGGCGGAUGGCCGUCGUGUGCGUGGGCGCCACGCGCACUGGGUCCUGCGGACAGCCGACCUGAGGCGGUCGCUGGAUUUCUACAGGCAGGUGUUCGGAAUGCGCGUCCUGCGGCACGAGGAGAAUCCAGAGGCGUGCCCCAUCACUUGCAACGGCCGCUACCAGACCGCCUGGUCGAAGACUAUGGUGGGCUACGGCACUGAGGACGUCUCCUACGCCCUGGAGCUGACCUACAACUACGGCGUCACGUCCUACGCCCCAGGGGAGGCGCUGGAGGCCAUCUUCCUGCGGCCACCCCUCCCGCUGGAGGACGCGCUGCGGGCCCACGGGGCGCUGGGGGGCGACCCGCCAGAGCGGCGAGACGGGGCGGUCUUCGUGCGGGGCCCGGACGGCUACCUGGCGAGUUCGGCAGUUUCGCCCGGCCAGGGGCGCCGCCGCCGCUGGCUAGCUGCUGGGAUGCUCGGCCGCACGGUUGACGACGACGGGGGCUCGGCGGCGGGAUGCUGCUGCUGUUUUUCUGAGGUCGGGGGCCUGGGCGCAGGAAUGGCCACCCGCGUUGAUCUACUUCGAUCUGGCCGUUCGGCGGCGGAGGUGGCGGACGAGGCCGUGAUCGAGGCUGCUGGCGAGGAGAAUGGGAAGGCCGCAGGAUGCCCGUUGCUGGAUGUGCCCGCUGAUGACGUCGACGUCCACGAAACUCCGCCUGCUCACCGCCCGUCCGCCGGCGAAACUGCUCGGGCUGAUCGCCAGCCAGCUGACGCGGUGAGCCGCGGCGACGCUGGCGACGCCCCUCCAUCGGGGGCCCCAGAUGCAAGUCAGGAUUCCUUGGUGGCGCUCUUGGCCCAGUACUCAUUGGUUCUAGAGUCGCCCGCUGAUUCGCUGGACUCGCAGUGCACCCAGAUCGAGCGCGACUUGGAGCUCGAUCGCGUAGAGGCAGAGUCCCGCGCUGAGGCGCGUCGCGUUGCAGAGAUAGGGCGUCUCGCUGCUCUGGAGAGCGCCCGGGGCGCCGAGUACGACAAGGCAAUGCGACAGAACGUGCCCAUACAUUGGGGCUGCAUCAUGGGUGACGCGAUUUUCGCCACUGCCGACGAUCAGCUCUCCAUCGCCAUGGAUGCGAUUGACAGAGUUGGCAGCGCUGGGCACGACUUUUACGUUGGGGCCACUCGUUCACCGAUUCAUCGCUGGUUGGGCGGUGAGACGUCGCGGGGCUACAUGGACGGGCAUUGUGAAUCCUGGUCUGCAAUGAGACUCAUCGGCGUCACAUCUCCUGGAGAUGGAGGCGUCAUGGAGCGCACUUUGAUACAGCAUGCUAAGACUUACUCGUAUCAGUGUCAGAACAAGGCUGAUGACAAUCGCGGCAUGUCACCUCAGUAUCAUUGCUUCCUUUACGUCGUUUUCGGCGCUGUGUGA